CUUGCUGUCCCCGGUGGAGCGCCGGCCGCUGUCCCCAGGCUCGGGCAUCCCCCUGGCCCGUGGCGCUGCGCUGUCCCCGGUGAAGCCGAGCCAGUCGCCGAGCUGGUCGUCCUUCCCAGAACUCAGCCCCGUGGACCGAGCUGCCCCCGGGAAGCCGCCGUCUGCGGAGCGGAGGGAGGCGCUGCCCAAAGCGGAGUCCAGCGACCACAUCUCGGCCUGGGCGGGCUCGUCCCCCAGAGCCCUCGGUCUGCCCAAGGCCGUAUCCAGCGAGUUCAUCGCUACAGGACACAUCGGCUUGUCCAAGCCUGGGGCCCUCCCCAAAGCAGAACUGGAUGAGUUCACCCUGUUCGGGAGGUCUGGGCCAUCUCUUGGCCUGCCGAGUGCCAGCAACUCCUCCGAUGCUCUCCUGGACUGUGUGGGAAGGGCGACGGCGGACGGCUCGUUCCGCAUCACAGUGGUCACCUGGAACGUGGGCACAGCCAUGCCCCCAAACGAUGUGACAUCGCUGCUGCAUCUCAACACAGGCGAGACAAAUGAUGUAGACAUGAUCGCCAUUGGGCUGCAAGAGGUGAACUGCAAGAUAAACAAGCGCCUGAAGGAUGCCCUAUUCACAGAUCAGUGGAGCGAGCUAUUCAUGGAUGUUCUGAGCCCCUUCCACUUUGUGCUGGUCAGCACAGUGCGGAUGCAAGGUGUGAUCCUACUCGUAUUCGCCAAGUACUACCACCUCCCCUUCCUGCAGGACAUCCAGACAGACUGCACUCGGACAGGGCUGGGCGGCUACUGGGGCAACAAGGGUGGGGUGAGCGUCCGUCUCUCCAUCUUUGGCCACAUGGUCUGCUUCCUGAACUGCCACCUGCCAGCACACCUGGAGAAGGCGGAGCAGCGCAAGGAAGACUUUGCCACCAUACUACACAUGCAGCAGUUUGAGGGACGUGCAGCCAGCGGCAUCUUGGACCAUGACCUCGUCUUCUGGUUUGGGGACCUCAACUUCCGCAUAGAGAGCCUUGACAUCCGCUUUGUGAAGUAUGCCAUUGACAGCAACAUUCUGAACCAGCUCUGGGAGAAGGACCAGCUGAACAUUGCCAAAAGCACUUGGCCUGUCCUGACUGGCUUCCAGGAGGGACCCCUCAACUUCCCACCCACGUUCAAGUUCGAUGUGGGCACCAACAAGUAUGACAGCAGUGCCAAGAAGCGAAAACCAGCCUGGACUGACCGCAUCCUCUGGAAGAUCAAAUCUCCCAGUGUCGGGCUUGGUGCAGGUGGAUGCCAGCCCAGCCGGGGCAUCCUGUCGGUGAGCCAGCUCUGCUACUGCAGCCACAUGGAAUACACGGUCAGCGACCACAAGCCGGUAGCUGCCAUCUUUGCAGUGCAGUUUGCUUCCAAGGCAGACAAGCCUCCAGUGGAGAUUUACGUGGCUGAUGAGUGGAACAGGCCUGAGCAAGCAGUUGUCAAGUACAAGAUGGCUGCUGGCUUCCACCGGAGCUCCUGGGACUGGAUAGGCCUCUACCGGGUUGGUUUUCGGCAUCCUAAAGACUAUGUGUCCUAUGUCUGGGCCAGGAGUGAUGAUGGAGAGCGCUUCAUAGAGAAGCAACUGUGUGCACAGGUACUGUUCUCAGAGGAGGCACUGCCCAAGGGGAAAGGCGAGUACAUCCUUGGAUACUACAGCAACACCUCCAGCAGCAUCGCAGGUGUGACGGAGCCCUUCCAGCCCCCUGUGCAGUCGGCCAGCAGCCCUGACACAAGGGUGCAGAUCUCCAUGCCCAGGUCAGAGGAGGGCAGCAGCCCCACAGACAGCUCAGGCAGCAGCUCAGAAGAGGAGGAUGACAGCACUAUUGUCCUGCUGGCCCCCAAAUCGCGCAGCCCCAGUCCAGGCAAGAUGAAACGGCACCGGAGCCGAAGCCCUAGCCUGGCCAAGUUCCAGGGCCUCAUUCUGCGGCCAUCAAGCCGGGACAGGGGCACAAGUCGCAGCCCCUCGCCGCAGAGCUGUCGAGGCCUCCCUGGGGACAUCCCCACCAUCCACCUGCCCCAGGAGGAGCCAGGGCACCGUGGAGCCAAAGCCAAGGAAGUGGGGCAGGCAGCUGAAAGCCAGGAGGGCAGCCUCGGCUCCUUUUGCCAGACUGUGCGGGAGCAGUGUGUCUCCCGGUGCAUCUCUGCUGACAACACCCUGGCCAGGGCUGACCCCAGGAACCUGGGCCUGCUGCCCGCACUGCGGCUGGAGAUGAUCGACCAGGCUGUGGGCAAACAGAGGGAGAGUACAGACCAGGGCCCCCCCUGCCGGAGUGUAAGCCCCACCAGCCCCCCAGGCGCCCCCUACAGCACCUCUACAAAGGAGGGGAGCAGCCUCUGGGAGCUAGACAGCAGCCAUAGAUGUGCCACAGGCCACUAAUGCAGCAACCCCUUCCCUGUAGCGCGCUUGCUGUGUGCUUUCCUUUACCACUUCCCUGCUGAGACAUCCCCCUCCCUUAUUUAUUGCAGUGACUGACCUCUGCACUCCUGCUGUGUGCCUGCCCCUGCUCCCUGCAGCCUGGGCUGCUGCCCUCACGGGACUGUGAGGGGGCACAGGGGAGGGGAAAGCUGGUCCAGUGUGGGGUUGGCAGGGGAGUAUUGGCCAAGGGAAGCCCAUCUGAAAUUCAAAGAUGCAAGUGUUCAGUUGUCAGGCAGGAGAGCCAGCCUGAGGUGGGUCAGGGACAAGCACUGGAGGUGAUUUUGACUCUUGCAAUGAGGCCUGCCCCAGGGUGCAGUGCUGCUGUGGGUACCCCAGAGAUCGGAGCGUGCUUCUUUCCUGCCACUACCACUGUGCCUCAGGCUUGGGCGUAGCGUGAGCAACAAAAUAAACCAUCCUGCCUGCCCCA